UGGAAGAGGAGCCGCUGCCGGAGGGGGAGAGGCUGCCUCGGUCUUCCCAGAAGGCGUUUCCUCCUCCUCCUCCUCCUCCUCCUCCUCCUCCAGAGAUAGGCGUGCGCCUCUCUGCAAGCGGCAGCGGCAGUGAAAGUUCGGGCUUGUGAGAACGCCUCCUCCGCAGGGACGACCAUGGCCCGCCGGGGAUCGCCGGAGGGACCUGGGGACCGCUCGGCCGCUUCUUUUUGAUCCGGCGCUGCUGCCGCUUGCUGCUGCUGCCUUCGGCGCCUUCCUCGCGAGUAUGUAGGAAGGGCUGCAGAGGCUUCCAGGAAAUGCUCGGGAGUCCAGCGCUCGAAGAAGGGAAGGUGCCGGGGCUCUGAUCCAAGGAAGGCGCGCGCCCGUAUCCCACCCCCGGCCACCACCCCCCGGUGCCGCCGGAACCGGAGUCAGACCUGGCGGCAAGCCUCCUUCGCUGCGUCCGCUUGGUUUCGCCGCCGCCGCCCCUAACUCGUUUUUGAGCCUGGCAGGGUGGAUACGUCUCCUGCAAUGCCGGUUUAGAUGGUUUUUAUUUUGAGGGGGCUAAGAGACGGCGGGGUCCCCACGCCUUUUUAAUCAAUGGGUCAAAGGCUUGCUCUUUGAUCCGGCCAGGUGGGGCGGGGGAGUGGCGGCGCGUUUUGAGCCUCUAUUUAUUUAUUUAUGGUUCAUUUUUAAAUAUACACACAUAUAUACAGUACAUAUAUAAAGAUGUACACGUUUGUGGCACGGGAUGAGAACAGCAGCGUCUACGCGGAAGUCUCCAAAAUCCUGCUUUCCACCGGACAAUGGAAGAGGCUGAAAAGGGACAACCCCAGGUUUAAUCUCAUGCUGGGGGAGAGGAACAGGCUGCCAUUUGGGAGACUAGGUCACGAACCUGGACUUGUGCAGCUGGUGAACUAUUAUAGAGGAGCUGAUAAGCUUUGUCGCAAAGCUUCUUUAGUGAAACUAAUCAAGACAAGUCCUGAAUUAGCAGAAUCUUGCACGUGGUUCCCGGAGUCGUAUGUGAUUUACCCAACUAAUCUCAAUACUCCAGUGGCGCCAGCGCAGAAUGGGACCCAUCAUUUGAUAAACAACCCAAGAACGGAUGAAAGGGAAGUUUUCCUGGCAUCCUAUCAGAAGAGGAAAGAAAGCGGAGAGGGAAGUGUGUGGAUAGCCAAAUCUUCGGCGGGGGCCAAAGGUGAAGGAAUUCUGAUUUCUUCGGAGGCUACUGAACUUCUGGACUUCAUAGAUAAUCAAGGACAAGUGCAUGUGAUUCAGAAAUACCUUGAGAAGCCUAUGCUCUUAGAACCAGGUCAUCGCAAAUUUGAUAUUAGAAGCUGGGUGCUAGUGGAUCACCAGUAUAAUAUCUACCUCUACAGAGAAGGCGUUCUACGGACCUCUUCAGAACCUUACAAUAGUGCUAAUUUCCUAGACAAAACCUGCCAUUUGACCAAUCACUGCAUACAGAAGGAAUAUUCAAAGAACUAUGGGAGAUAUGAAGAAGGGAAUGAGAUGUUUUUUGAGGAGUUUAAUCAGUAUCUGAUGAGUGCUUUGAACAUUACUCUGGAAAACACAAUCUUAUUGCAAGUCAAAAAUAUAAUAAGAAGCUGCCUUAUGUGUAUAGAACCCGCUAUCAGCACCAAACACCUUCACUACCAGAGUUUCCAGCUCUUUGGCUUCGAUUUCAUGGUGGAUGAAGACUUGAAGGUCUGGCUGAUCGAAGUGAAUGGUGCCCCUGCGUGUGCCCAGAAACUUUAUGCAGAGCUAUGCCAAGGUAUAGUGGAUGUAGCCAUCUCUAGUGUCUUUCCUCUUUGUGACACUCCACAGAAGCAGAGCCAGGAACCAAUAUUUAUUAAGUUGUGAUGAUGAUCACAUUAAAAAAAAAAAAACCCGUCCACCCAAAACACAU